CAGUCCAUAUUGCUUUUCAGAAUUAUCUGGACUUGACGAAGAUAUUUUGAUCGAAUUCUCCUAGAGACAGGAAGAUUGCAAUGUUUAAAAAUCGCGAUGUGCAAAACGAAGAAGAUAACGAUCUCUGUGUACAUUACGGAACUCCCUUUGCGCCUCUAGAUGAAGAUGAACAGCCAAUCAGAAAGCCAGUUCCAAUCCAUGAACAGGUCGUAACUGACGAUAGAGGGCGACAAAGGUUCCAUGGCGCUUUCACUGGAGGUUUCUCGGCUGGGUUCUUUAACACUGUGGGGUCCAAAGAGGGCUUCGAACCGCAGACUUUUCAGUCAUCACGAUCGAGUCGACAGUCAUUCAAGCAGAAAGAUGUGAACGAUUUUAUGGAUGAAGAGGAUAUUAAUGAGUUCGGAAUUGCUCCCAAGAGGUUAAAAGUUAACGAGGAUUUUGUCAAUGAAAAGUCAGCCGGUCAAGUUAAUAAAAAGUUAGAUCUAAUUGAACGACACAUUCAAGCUAAUCCAGUUGAUUUAGGGAUCCGUUUAUUGAGACGUCUCGGAAUAAGAGAUGGUAAAGGCGUUGGUGCUAAUGUAGAAAGGGCUCUUUCCAUAGCCCAAGGCAGUAAUGAUUCAAACGAGGAACUAGAAUGUGGAAAAGUUUAUACUUGUGCCAGGCCACCCCCGGAAUUCGAACUUCUGGCUGAGCCGGACUCAAUAGAGCCUGAUAUGAUGAGAAAGUUUAGGUUAGCUCCUGAUGAUGUCUCAGCAUUUGUUGUCGACAGUCACAAAAACGACCGUAAAGGAUUAGGUUACACGGGGCUGAAUCCAGAAGUCUUUGUGGGGCGAAAAGGUAAUAAUUUUGUAUCGAGAACUGUUACGGGAAUGUCAGGUCAAGCGUUUGGCGUUGGAGCUUUUGAAGAUGAAGAUGACGAUGUGUAUGCGCAUGAAAAUAUGAGCGAGUAUGAUUUUGAAAUCGGACCUGCGAGAUUGAAAGAUAAACGAGAAGCUAACAAAAUUGGUCUCGGUGUUACGGAAGGGUUUUUGAAAGCUAAGAAGAGUUUUGAAAUGAAACAAGUUAAAGCGCCUAAAUUACCACCUAACUAUAAGCCUUCAGUGCCUAAAUCAGUGCUAAGUUUGGCUGAGAAAGAUAGUUCUAAAGAUCUGGAACUCUCGAAACCUUUAGUUUUUGCCGGAGUACGUACAAAACAAGGACUAAUUGAACCCGUUACCAGCAAAUCAGCCAACCCUUUUUCUAGUAACAAAGUUGGCAAAGCAGUAUUGAAUAUAUCAGAUACAACUGAAAAUGCGAUACACAAUUUUGCCAAUGGUUCUAAUGAUAGCAAAUUAGAAUGGUCUGAAAAUUCGGCCGAAAAGCAGUUUAAACCUUCUAUUUUACCGACUAACUCUAGAUUUGUGUCUGCUGGAAAGUUGGACACAUUGAGCAAUCGGGUUAUUGAACACGAGCACAUUGAAACUCCGAGAGAAAAAGCAGCGCGCAUGAAAAUGUUUGGACCUUUGACACGAUCAGUAAUGCCUUUUCGCUUUGCGCCAGUAGUAUGCAAACGUUUUAACGUAAAAACCACAGCCGAGAAUUCUUACGAGCCAAAACUACAAGAAAACUCAGUUAAAAGUAUGUUUAAUGGAGGAUCAUCAAAUAAUAGUGCGUCGGUCAUUGAACUCGCAGUAGGAGUUAAUAAUACUCAAAAAGAUAAAUCAUUAGCUAAUCGGUCUGCGUCGAAGUCGAACUUUCUAGCAUUUUUAAAUGACGAGCCUCAAUCGCAAAAUUAUGGUCAAAAAACGUCAUCAAGUAGCUCAACAGAAAAUGCUAUGCGUAAUAAACAAGUGACCGAAAACAAUGAACUCAGUUCGAAGGUAAACCAUAAUAACGAAGAAAAGUCAGCAAAUGAAACUUACGCAAAUUCUGAAGAAGUUUUGGACUCUCUUAAAAAUGUCAACCUUCUUUUAGAUGUUUUUGGAGACGACGACGAGGAUGAUGGCGAUGACGAUAAUAAUCCGAGCGACUAUGAUCCAAAAAACGCUGAAAAUGUGUUGAGUUCAACGUUUUUGAAAAGUAAAAGUGUUUCAAAUGAACUAAUUGGUGGACAUUCUUCUGAAGAUUUUGACUCGUUCAGUAAAUUUUUCAAAGUACCCGAAAACAUAUCUACAAUUCAGAGUUCGCAUAAUUCAUCUACUUUGCCAGAAAAUUGCAAAAUGAAAGAAGGAAGUGAACAACAAGAAUCAGUCGAAUCAGAUGAUGAGUUUGGUCCGAGCUUACCUCCAAUAUUACCAGUUGUGUUCUCUAGCGACAAAUCUGAAAUCAGCCAGGAAAAUCCGAAAACAGAACUCAAUGUUUUAGAAUCACUUCAGUCAUCAAGCUUGAGUUUAGAGCUGGUUGAGAAAACGCGCGAGCAGCUGAAACAUAAAAAGAAGAAUAAAGAGAAAAGGCACAAAAAAUCUUCAAAAAGAUAGUCACAAUUUGGGAGGCCACAAAGAUCAGUUUAUUGUCCGAGUCGGUGCUUUGGUCGAUGAACGCCCGUUUCUAAAGGAGAGGAUUGAUGAGCUUUAGUGGUGAGAGGAAUCAAACCAUUGAGUGGUGGCAUUGUUAUGGCUUUCAACUUGGAUUUAUACCAUCAAUUCUAUUUAGCGGACGUCGCUAGUUCACACGGUUUCACGCUUUGACUAGCACGUUGUUAAGUGUUUUGAACAAAAAGGGUUGGACCUGGAUUGGUACGCAGUGGAAUUCAUUGAGUGUCAUUGACUUGAGUAUAUGGUAGCUAAACCAUAUAUUCUCUUUGUUAUUACUUCUGAUUUAAAUUACUUAAUCGAACUGAGAUUUUGCUAUUGAAAGUAAAACCAA